AUGAAUGGAAAGGAUAGUCUCGGCGAGUUUUAUGUCGACGACCUGUCAGAUUGUCUUGACUGCCGUUCAGCAAGUAGUACUGAUGACGAAAGUGAUAGCAGUAGUAUAGCCAUUCGAAAGCGAUGUCUUGUACCACUAAUAUACAGUGAUUCAGAAGAUGAGGACAUGAAUAAUAAUGUUGAAGACAACAAUGAUACAUGGUCAACGAACGACAACAGUAUAAUUUUGGAACCUUUCGAAGGCAGCUCUGGCGUAAAAAUUGUGCCAAGUUCCUCUGAAAGCGUAAUGGAUAUUGUGAAUUUAUUUAUUGUAAGUGACCUGAUUGAGCACUUCGUGAGGCAGUCUAAUAGAUACCAUUAUCAAAUUGUGGGAAAAUAUAGAAUUACAUCAAAAACGAAAAAAUGGAAAGACGUCACCGUGACUGAAAUGAACAAAUUUUUGGGCCUGAUCAUUCUCAUGGGACAA